CGCGUUCGUCUUCGGGCAGGAUGGGCGUCUACCGCAUCCGCGUGUCCACCGGCUCCUCCCUGUGCGCGGGCUCCAAAAACCAGGUGCAGCUGCAGCUGGUGGGCGAGCACGGGGAGGCGACCAUCGGGACGCGCCUGAGGCCGGCGCGAGGCCAGGAGACGGAAUUCAAGGCGGACGUGCAGGAGUACCUGGGGCCGCUGCUGUUCGUGAAACUGCAUAAACGGCACUUGUUUCAGGACGACGCCUGGUUCUGCAACUGGAUCUGGGUGCAGGGCCCCGGACCCACUGGGGACGAGUUCAGGUUCCCAUGCUACCGCUGGGUGGAGGGCAGUGACAUCCUGAGCCUCCCCGAGGGCACCGGCCGGACCCUGGGAGACGACCCUCAAGGUCUGUUCAAGCAACACAGGGAGCAGGAGCUGAAAGAUAGGAAGAGGCUAUACCGCUGGGGUAACUGGAAGGAUGGGCUAAUCCUGAAUAUUGCCGGGGCCACCAUCCGUGACCUCCCCGUAGAUGAGCGAUUUCUGGAAGACAAGAAAAUUGAUUUUGAGGCUUCGCUGGCCAAGGGGCUGGCAGACCUAGCCAUCAAAGACUCUUUAAAUGUUCUGACCUCCUGGAAGGACCUGAAUGACUUCAACCGGAUUUUCUGGUGUGGCCAGAGCAAACUGGCUGAGAAGGUGCGGGACUCCUGGCAGGAGGAUGCCUUAUUUGGGUACCAGUUUCUCAAUGGCACUAACCCCAUGUUGCUGAGGCGCUCCAAGCAGCUUCCGGCUCGCCUGGUGUUCCCUCCGGGUAUGGAGGAGCUGAAGGUCCAGCUGGAGAAGGAGCUCCAGACAGGCACACUGUUCGAGGUGGACUUCUUGCUGCUGGACGGGAUCAAGGCCAAUGUCAUCCUGUGCAGCCAGCAGCACCUGGCCGCCCCUCUGGUCAUGCUGAAGCUGCAGCCUGAUGGGAAACUCUUGCCCAUGGUCAUCCAGCUCCAGCUGCCUCACGUGGGAUCCUCCCCGCCGCCGCUUUUCCUGCCCACGGAUCCCCCGAUGGUCUGGCUCCUGGCCAAAUGCUGGGUCCGCAGCGCUGACUUCCAGAUGCAUGAGCUGCAGUCUCAUCUUCUGCGGGGACACUUGAUAGCGGAGGUCAUCACUGUGGCCACCAUGAGGUGCCUUCCAUCAAUACACCCUGUCUUCAAGCUUAUCAUUCCCCACCUGCGCUACACCUUGGAAAUUAACAUCCGGGCCAGGACCGGGCUCAUCUCUGACAUGGGAGUUUUCGACCAGGUGGUGAGCACAGGUGGCGGAGGCCACGUGGAGCUGCUCCAGCGAGCUGGAGCCUUUCUAACCUUUCGCUCCUUCUGUCCUCCUGAUGACCUGGCCGACCGGGGUCUCCUGGGAGUCAAGUCUUCCUUCUAUGCCCAAGAUGCCCUGCGGCUGUGGGAAAUCCUCGCUCGCUAUGUGCAGGGCAUCGUGCAUCUCCACUACAAGACGGACGAGGCUGUGAGAGACGAUUUGGAGCUGCAGUCCUGGUGUAGAGAGAUCACUGAAGUCGGGCUGCUCGGGGCCCAGGACAAAGGCUUCCCCAACUCCUUGCAGUCCCGGGACCAGCUGUGCCACUUCCUUACCAUGUGCAUUUUCACCUGUACCGGCCAGCACGCCUCCACCCACCUGGGCCAGCUGGACUGGUACUCUUGGGUCCCUAAUGCGCCCUGCACCAUGCGGAUGCCCCCGCCGACCACCAAGGACGCCACCCUGGAGACAGUGAUGGCAACACUGCCCAACUUCCACCAGGCUUCCAUGCAGAUGUCCAUCGUCUGGCAGCUGGGCCGCCGCCAGCCCGUGAUGGUGGCUCUGGGCCAACACCAGGAGGAGUAUUUUUCAGGCCCUGGACCCAAGGCCGUGCUGAAGGAGUUCAGGAAGGAGCUGGCUGCCCUGGAGAAGGAAAUCGAGACCCGGAAUGCAAAGCUGGACAUACCCUAUGAGUACCUGCUGCCCAGCCUGGUGGAAAACAGCGUGGCCAUCUGA